AUGAAGGCAGCGCGCUUCCAUGGUCGCGGCGACAUUAGGGUUGAGGAAAUUGAAGAACCGACAUGCGGCAAAGGGCAGGUGAAGAUGCGACCAUCGUUUGUUGGGAUCUGUGGCAGUGACAUCCACGAGUACUCUGGAGGCCCUGUUCUGGUACCAGAAAAGCCUCACGGAAUCACGGGAACCAGCCUACCAGUCACACUCGGGCACGAAUUCAGCGGAAUCGUCGAAGAAGUCGGAGAGGGCGUGACCCAUGUCUCUCCGGGACAACGAGCGGUGGUGCGGCCGACCAUCUUCGAUCGAGAAUGCACGUCAUGCAAGCAGGGCUAUGAAUACUGUUGCGAGAAGAUUGGAUUUAUCGGGCUCUCGGGCUACGGUGGUGGGUUAGCAAAGUACAUCGUAGCACCCGCAGAACAUUUCUAUACGAUCCCCGACAACGUAUCCCUCGAAGCAGCAGCAUUGGUCGAACCGUUGGCAGUAGCCUGGCACGCCGUAAACAUAUCGCCCUUCAAGCCAAAUGACAACGUUUUGGUACUAGGGGGCGGACCAGUGGAAUUGGAAUCAUCCAGGUGCUCGAGCUACAGGGGGCAAAGAAUAUCAUGGUGGCGGAGUUGACGGAGAACAGGAAACGGUUUGCUUCUAAUUACGGGGCAACACAUAUCCUGGAUCCGCGAGAGGUAGACGUUGCCGCAAAGGUUCGCGAGUUGACCGACGGCGUAGGAGUGGAUGUUGUCUUUGAUACGGCUGGCGUGGAGGUAGCUCUGAAUGGAGCCAUUGCGGCAUGUCGAACGCACGGAACGAUAGUAAACAUUGCUGUGUGGGAGAAACGGCCAGCCAUUCGAGUCAACGAAUUGAUGUAUAGCGAGAUCAACUAUACAGGGUCAGCACUGUACGAUGAGAGCGCGUUUCGCGAGGUCAUUCGGGCACUUAGUUACGGUCAGCUAAAACCUGAGCGAAUGGUCACGUCGAAAAUUAGGCUGGAUGAAGUCGUGGAGAAGGGCUUUCAGGCUCUGGUGGAUGAUCGUGACUCUCAUUGCAAAAUAUUGGUCGAUGUGCAGGCUUGA